AUGCCUCGCCAGGGCACCUCGACUCGCCAGAAGGUCACCUGCACCUUCUCUGGUGAAUGGAAGGGCAACGGUGAAUACUCCAUGACUUUCACCAACCCCGAGUCGGGGAAGCAGCUCACGGCCACGAUCAGUCCCCCCGCUGGUGCAAAACCGCACCAAUGCAAUCAGCGGUUGUCGGGUCCCGGGGGCCUCAAUGGCUUUCCCGACGACGCAAUUUGCCAAGCUGGCUUUUCUUCAGCAGCACAGCUUGCCAGACACCAAGCGACUGUCCACCGUGGCGUUCUAUACUGCUGCGACGGUUGCGGAAAGCUGUGCAUCGACGGCAGCAAUCUCGACAAGCACCGGGUCAGUGGCUGCAAAGGAACCAAGGGCAGACAGGAAAAGUGGCAGUGCCCCUACUGCAACAAUAAAGUCGCCCGGCGGGACAAUCUCAACCGCCACAUCCACCAACAGCAUGGUGGCCUGCCUCUUCCCCGUGCCAGAGACCAGCAGCGUGGGGACAAUGGCAAUGGAGCGGAAGCGGAAGCGGAAGUGCCAGUGAAUGCAGGCAAUGAGGCUACCCAAGCAGUGCCGGAGCUUGCUGGCCUGGAAACCGAGCAAGAGAGCCCCGAGAACAUCGACACGGGGGUGUUGGGACAGGAGUGGGAUCCCAAUGCCGCGUUCAUCGACUGGGAAAACCCAACUACUAAUUACGACUUCCUCGACAACUACCAGCUCGGGGCCCCCAGAGACGCUGGUUUUCAAGCAGCCACGGAGUUCAACGGUGGCUACCAUUUUGGUGCUCCACGUGGCAUGGACCGGGUAGCUCUGAGGAAUCGCCAGACACCAACAUACGGCGUCCUGGCGCCCAUGGACCCUGAACAACAGCCGCCAUUCGUCGGACCAGCAAUGACGGCCGAGGAGGAAAUUGAUUGGUUGGCGUUCGCUACUCAACAGUAUUUCCCUUGGUCAUGA